AUGGAUUUAUCAUUGAACUCCAAAAAAAGGAAAGGUGGAAGUGGUAGUGGAAAAUCACUUGAAAAUGCAUUUAAUAUGACUCAACGGGAACGUCUGGAUUGUGAGAUUGCUAGGAUGUUUUAUUCGGCGGGCUUGCCGUUUAAUCUAGCAAGGAAUCCUUAUUUUCAAUCCGCUUUCACUUAUGCUGCUAAUCAUAAUAUUGCGGGUUAUGUACCACCAAAAUAUAAUUUGUUGAGGACCACUUUGUUGCAAAAAGAGAAGGCAAAUAUUGAUAGGUUGUGUGCACCUAUCAAAAUCAUGUGGAAUGAGAAGGGUGUAAGUAUUGUGAGUGAUGGAUGGAGCGACUCACAAAGAAGACCGCUUAUUAAUUUCAUGACGGUAUCGGAUGGAGAACCGAUGUUUAUAAAAUCAGUUGAUUGCUCGGGAGAAACAAAAGAUAUGCAUUUUAUUUUUAACUUGCUGAAAGGAGUUAUCAAUGAAAUUGGGCAUGAGAAUGUGGUCCAAGUAAUUACGGAUAAUGCUUCAAAUUGUAAGGGUGCGGGACAACUCAUUGAGCAAGAAUUUCCAUCCAUUAUGUGGACGCCUUGUGUGGUGCACACUCUUAAUCUAGCUUUGAAGAAUAUUUGUGCUGUGAAAAAUAUGGAGAGCAAUCAAAUAGUUUAUGAGGAAUGUAGUUGGAUUUCAGAUAUUGUUAAGGAAGUUAUGCAAAUCAAGCAUUUCAUCAUGAAUCAUUCUAUGAGAUUAGCAAUAUACCAUGAGUUUGUUAGCUUGAAGUUGCUUUCUGUAGCGGAUACACGUUUUGCUUCGAUGAUUGUGAUGCUUAGAAGAUUCAAGUUGAUAAAAAGUGGUCUUCAAAGUAUGGUGAUUUGUGACAAAUGGAGUAUCUAUCGAGAUGUUAAUCAAGAGAAAGCUAAGUUUGUCAAGGAGAAGGUGUUGGAUGAUUUUUGGUGGGAUUUGAUUGAUUAUAUACUUUCCUUCACGGCUCCUAUUUAUGAUAUGCUUAGAACUUGUGACACUGAUAAGCCUUGUCUUCACUUAGUUUAUGAUAUGUGGGGUUCAAUGAUUGAAAAAGUGAAGAAAGCUAUAUAUGCACAUGAAGUGAAAAGGCUAGAUGAGAAGUCCACAUUUUAUGAGGUUUUGCACGACUCCCGGGGUUCCAUUGCUGUGUUGGAGGUGGUGGUGAGAGACUGCUUCCUGAGUGGAAUAGAAUUGAUUCUUAGCACAGAGAUCGUGAAAGCAGAUCUUGCUGCUAAGACUCUUCUAAGCGCAGCUGGAGAGAUCUUCAAGUAUCAUAUUUUGAUCAUUGCGACUGGUUCAUCAGAGCUGAUGCCAAAUACAUCUCCUACUUGA